CCAACACAGCCGUGAACCGACCAGGGAUCUAUGGCUCUGGUAACACUAACAAUAAACAACUAAUAAACAAGCCAGCUGAGCACUGCUGGUGUUGCAGACAACACCGUGCCGUGGCUAGUGCACUUACCUGUAAAAACUAAACUAAACGAGAAACCACGGAGAAACUAAAAGAGUGAAUAUAAUAGCAUUCAGGAACACAUAAUUAUCGCAAGUCAUUUUGUUUUAAAGUUGUUACUUGCCAGUCAGUCAAUACUUGUUACGAUGAGCCGGUGGUUAUUCUUUUCCAGUUCGUGCAAGUUUAUUUCCAUAUUUGCAGAGGGAAAGUAUUUUCCUUACUUAGGUCACAGUUUUUUGCGCCUUUCAUCAAAGGAAAUACCAUUGUCUUGGAAGGUGUUUCAUUUUAGUGGUAUUCAUACUUUAAAAUUUGAUUGGCAGAAGUUUGGAGAAAAGGCAGUAAUAACAUCAUUGACUAACAAAGAAUCUACCUCUGCAUUAAGUUCAAAAAAUGGAAUGGAAAGAAAUUUCAUUACUCCUGUCAGAGCAAUGAAUGAUUUUUUCUUAAAGCCAAGUGAUUUAGAGAUUUUGAGGAAAACAAGACGCAGAUCUCCUUAUGAAAGUGAACCACCAAUAACUGUAUAUUGGCUGAAAGAUGUGGAAGCAAAAGCGUUAGAAGUAUGGGGCAGUCAAGAAGCUCUAGACCGUGAAAGAAAAAAGAAGACAGAAGAACUAAAGAGAUACCAACAGUAUAUUUUUAGUGUUAAAAGAGUGUUGAAGGACAUGAGAAAGGAACCAGCAAAUUGGUCACCUCAAGGAGGCUUGAUGGAAGGCUCUGGCAAAGUUGUUUUAACUGCUGUUGCAAUAAAUGGAUGCAACUUUUUGUUUAAAAUGAUAGCUUGGAUGUACACAGGUUCACACUCAAUGUUCUCAGAAUGUUUACACUCAUUAGCAGACACUGUGAAUCAGCUAAUUCUAGCUUAUGGAAUUCAUAAGUCGAGUCAGCAAUCAAAUCCCGACCACCCUUAUGGGUACUCCAAUAUGCGUUACGUUGCAUCUCUAGUGUCUGGAGUUGGUAUAUUUUGUGUAGGAGCUGGCUUAUCUGUUUACCAUGGAAUUACUGGCAUAUUCAAUCCUGACCCAAUAGGAUCUUUUUAUUGGGCAUUUUUUAUAUUGGGAGGAUCGUUGGUUUCAGAAAGUGCAACCUUAUUGGUAGCUAUUAAUUCUCUGAAGAAGGGAGCUAGCAAAGCAGAAAUGAGUUUCUGGGAAUAUGUUAAGCGAGGACAGGAUCCGAGCGUUAAUGUUGUAUUAUUGGAAGAUUUAGCAGCGGUACUAGGAGUUAUGGUAGCCGGAAGCUGUAUGGCUGUUGCGACACACUUAAACUCUCCGAUCCCAGAUGCCAUUGGAUCACUGUUGGUUGGAAUUGUUUUAGGAGCAGUUGCAUCAUUCAUUAUAUAUUCCAAUUCUGCGGCACUCGUUGGCCGUUCUAUUCCAUUGAGCAGUAUACAGCAAAUAAAUUCAGAAUUAGAACGUGAUCUCAUGAUUCGAGCUGUUCACGACGUAAAGGGGAUCGAUAUGGGUUCUGGCCUGGUACGCUAUAAAGCUGAAGUGGAUUUUGACGGAAGAGAACUAACACGGUCAUAUUUAGACAAACAAGAUUUGGAAAUGAUGUUAGAAGAAGUUCGAAAUAUGAAAAACAUAAACGAAAUGGAAGCAUUUAUGUUGAAGCAUGGUGAAAAUAUCGUUGAUCUUCUCGGUGCUGAAAUCGAUCGUAUUGAAAACGCGUUAAGGAAAAAACAUCCUGAAGUGAGGCAUUGUGAUUUGGAACUACUAUAGAUUUGCCUACAUUUUAAUGAUUGUCAAUAUUAAGUAAAAUGGCAAUUUUACUUUUUCCAACGAUCGCAGAAGUUAACAUUCAGAGUUUGAAAUUGUACCCUCAAUUCAAUUUUUUUUGAGUCAGUUGAACACAAUGAUCAAUGAAAUAAAAAUCUCAACAAUU